AUUACUCUUUUUUUUUUUUAAUAGUUUUCCUGGAGGCUUUUUAGGAAAGACGGUAAAAGAUCAUAAAUCCCACGAUAUAGUCCCACCAACCCACCACAACCACCGAGUCUCGUAGUGCUGUACGCGAGGACCCGAUCACCGCUCCCCGAAAAGCAUUUCAUUAUUUCUCCCUUGCAGAACAAGAACACAACUUUUACUUCAUCUGCGGUCUUUCAAAAUUCUUUUAACCUGACAACAUACAAAACUUUACAAUUCAAUCAAAGUACGAUCAAGUAAAACAAUUCGAUAUUCAAUAUUCACUAUUCACCAUCGUCAAUCCAGUCUGAUCUGAACAGCCAACCUAUCACCUUACUCCAAUUACCAUUCUUCAACCGCGACUCUGCGAAUUGCGAAUCUUGCCCGCUUUCUAUCUUCAGUCCUAAAUUAAGAACAAUCCCCGCCGCCACUCAAAAUAGAUCAAUCGAUAAGUAGUCACUGCAAAGCAAUUGUUCACCAUCAAAUCUACCAUGAUGGAUUCACGUCCGCCAUCAACUAGAAUGCCUACUGGGUUGGCAGGAGUUUUGAAUGAAGUCGGCCCUGAAGAGCAUAAGAGAGAUUCUGCUUAUUAUUCAAGUCUAGAUCCAUCAUCGAAGCGUGAGUCUUGGAGCAUUCACUUGAAAUGCGCUUCAAAGAAUAUGCUGACGAAAACCCUUAAUACAGACAACUCGCAAUUAUCGAGCAGCGAUGUCGUCAUGGCUCCUUCACCAACGGGAUACCAUUCCUCCAGUGCCGAUAUAAGUCCCUCUCCUGCAGCGAAUCACAUUGCCAGUCAACAACUUACCUCUCCCACUUCCGGCAGCAUGAGCGUCGCAUCUAUGGUUUCCCCAUCUUACGAAGACUCCGUAGCUGGCCAAUUAGUCUCCAUGUCAGGCCAAACAAAUAGACAAUCAUAUGGAUCCGGACUUGGAGCUCUUUCAAUGAAUGGGGAUUCUCGUCGGGAGAGUGUUGAUUCUAGAUUGGGUACUGGUUUCCAAGAUCUGCGUCUCAAUUCGCCAUACGCCAGCAAUAAUCAGUCAACCACUUCAAUCCAGAGCACUCUACAACAGCAGCGCAACCCUGGUAACACCGCUGACCGCUUGUCAAACCCUCGAUUCUCGAACAGCUAUCAACCACAACGUUUACCAGAACCAACGUCCCCCAGAAGUACAAUUCCAAAGACUGCCCCUAUGAUUACUGGCCCUGCUAUGUCUAAUAUUGCUCGCGCGGCUGAGCCAACUAAGGGAGAAGCUUGGGCGUUCCCUGAAGAGCCAGUGCAUAGGGUACGGAACUCGCACGAUCGACAUCUCGAGGAUAACCAGAGCUUGAGCAGAGUAGGAACCUCUUUCUUAAACCUUGACUCGAGACGCAGUAGCAUUGCAGACUCGGUCGCCAGCAGCCAAUACACUACAGAAUCUCGUCUGCCAGCUGGGCAGAGAAGGUUAGAGGAUGGAAUGUCCUCCGAUUUCAGAUUAUCACGAGCAUCAUCUGAGUUCCAGAAUGUAUCUCAUCACCAUCAUUCUCUACAGAAUCGUCAAAUCUCUGAUUUACAAGCUGAGGAUGGCGAUUCACCAAACAGUGGACAACCUUACAGUCGCACACCUGAGCUUCGUGUCAGCCAUAAACUUGCGGAAAGAAAACGUCGAACUGAAAUGAAGGAAUUGUUUGAAAACUUGAGGGAUUUGAUGCCUCAAGAACGCGGUAAUAAAGCUAGCAAGUGGGAAAUUUUGACAAAAGGUAUUUGCAACGAACACUAUUCAUUGACUUUAUACUAAUAACUACUAUAGCUAUCGCCGAACAUAACGCGCAGGCAAAGGAGAUACAAGAUUUGAAAGCGAGGCUACACAACUCACAAAUCGAGAUGGACAAUCUUCGCCGCGAAGGUAACGUCAUUCGAUUGGAGAAUUCACAACUUCGCAACGAACUCAAUCAAACUGGAUCCAAUAAUCAUCAACCUGUCAUGAAUGGAUUCACCUCCAUGCAACAGAACGGUGGUGCACAUGUCGACAUGAAUGCAUACCAACCAGAGAGUUACGCCCCAAGAGGUUCUUAUCAACGUAACGAGCAAUUACCACCACUUCGCAUAUCACAACCCGAAUCCAUGAGUGGAGUUCAAUAUCAAUCGGACAUGAACCGUAGUGGGUAUCGUGAUCCUCGGUUCUAGAUCUUUGGAUUCAGAAUACUUUGGACAAGUUAUUUCCUUGAUAUCUUUGCGGCCCAUAGAUAUUGGAUUCGUAUAAGGACUUGACUUUUAUAAGAUUUUACCUUGAGCAAUUUCUUCUGCAAGAGUGACCUUGAAAGAAUUCACUUUUCCUAGGCCAUGGAGCUAUACCAUUAACAGACCUACGUCCGAAGCCCGAUCAAAUUAUUCGAUUUAAAUCGGACUUCACUCCCUACUACUUAAUAAUUCUUAUCCAGCAAAUAUCUUUUCGCUUCCGGAUCGUAUAUCAUCGAGGCAUGUGUUCUAUUAGAAAAACGGUUGGCGUUUUAUAUUUCACUUUACAGUAUCUAUAUUUUCUUUUGUUGGAGUCAUUGAAUUUUCUGGUCAUUUUCGAAUACCUCAUUACGUCGACAAUAACUUCAAGUGGUCUCGACAUAUGACGCUUGUUCUCUUUUAUACAAAAAGUGAAACGUACAUUUCUCGUGCGUUUGGGAGUUAAAGGGAACCUUUUUGCAUUUCUGGUAUGGGAUGGAUUGGGAACUGUGCAAUGUCCGUAAAAGAAUUUAUAUUCGGAUGGUAUGGGUAGGUUGAUGGUAUGGAAUAUGGGAGGAUACUGAUUCUACCAAAUAGUAGAAGAAGGCGUUAAUUGAAUAUACCCACUCUCAUUUUGGGGUUUCUAUUAUUAUUUUAGUCCUACGAAAUCCUUUCUCGAUUUUUAUCUUUUCAAUCAAGUUUAAUGGAGAUUGAUUAGAAAUGAGAAAUGGGAAAGUUGGAUAAAUGGAAUUUUCAUUCGAAUAGGAUGAGAUAGCACAAACUUAGUUGGAAUAUGGAGACUUUUGGACCUACUAAAUAACUUGGAUUUUGGGAUGUAUACAAGGGGUUGAGGAUGUACGUUUGCAUGGAUUGAUUGAUGGAUGGUUGCUAGGAUGAGAUGAGAGUAAGAUAAUGAAAGUAGGUAGCUACAUACAACCAAAAUGAGAAUAAUGACUCGUGUC